UGAAGAUUAUAGUGGGACCAUGGAUCUGUUUGGAGACAUAGAUGACAUUUCUUCAGAGAGUGAUGGGGAUAGUCAACCACCCAUUCCAGGACAGCCUGUUGCUUAUCGACGUGGAGUGCCCCAGGGCCAGCAGGAGGAAGAGCCAAUUUCUGAAACCAGAAUCAAAGUAGAAAUUCCCAGCAUCAACUCUGAUUUAGGAAAUGAAUUGUACUUUGUUAAACUACCCAAAUUUCUCAGCAUAGAACCCAAGCCUUUCGAGCCUCAUUAUUAUGAAGAUGAAUUUGAAGAUGAGAAAGUGCUUGACGAAGAAGAUAGAACCAGGUUAAAAUUAAAGAUAGAAAAUACUAUACGAUGGAGGAUACGCCGGGACAAAGAAGGAAAUAGAAUUAAAGAAAGCAAUGCUCGGAUGGUCAAGUGGUCCGAUGGAAGCCUGUCCCUGCAUUUAGGCAACGAGGUGUUUGAUGUCCACAAGGCCCCAAUGCAGGGCAAUCAAAACCACCUGUUCAUCAGGGAAGACACUGGUCUGCAGGGACAAGCCAUCUUUAAGUCCAAACUCACCUUCAGGGAGCCAGUUCACGCCAUGGAAACCAACAUAAGCCCGCGGUAUAAACCAGAAGACCGGUUGUUAAUUCACAUUGAUCAACGCACCCGACCUCACGCUACAGACUAUGCCACACAUAGAAAGGUGACCCUGCCACUUGCUAAUAGAUGCUCGAGGACACAGAAGAUUAGAAUCAUACCAAUAGCUGGGCGUGAUCCUGAAUGCCAGCGCACAGAGAUGAUUAAGAAAGAAGAAGAACGUUUGAGGGCCUCUGCUCACCAGGAGACCAUCCGUCUUCGGGAAAAGCAGACUCAGCGGAGGCCACGUGCCCCCUACCAGGGCCCCAGCAGUGACGAGGAGGAGGGUGAAGCCAUCAAAAACCGUGACCGAGGGGAACGCCGAGAGGAACAGGCGAGAAUCUCUUCUUCAGAGAGUAAUGAGGGACCAGAUGAAGAAAAAGCUCAAAGAUCGCUGAGAGCAAAGAAACUCACCCGUGAUGAGGAGGCGAAACCUCCAGAAAGAAGAAAGCAGGUGGUGAAGAGGAAGAGGAUGACUGAAGCGUGAAACGUGCUCGCUGUAAAUAUGGUUUUUAACUGUUUGUUUAAAACAAGAAUGAAAUGACUUGUUUUGAUUGAAGUGAGGAAUUGAGUUGCUUUUGCAUAAUCCUAGUUGUGGUUAAAAAAAUGUUCAGAAGCAAGUCUGUGAUUUUAGAAAAUCCAUUCUUCCCAAACAAGAAGUUUAUUUUGGUAAGUGUUUGCUCUGGGUCUUGGGUUUCCUUGUCAGAGCAGGUACAGCAUGGGAGGGCUUGUUGUAGACUCUGUGCUUUGCCAAGUGCUGCAUUGGCCUUACCAGUUCUAAUCCUCAGAACAACUUGAAGGGCAGGUGCUGUUACUCUGAUUUUACAGACAUGGAAGCUGAGUUAGAACUUAAGACCUCUGUCCAAAGCUUUUUCUUAAGUUUAAAAAAAAAAAAAGCAUUUUUGAGACAAGGGUCAGGAACUUAUUUGCACAGCAGUCAUACUGCUGAGCAGAUACAUUAGUGAUGUUAUGGAAAAAGACACCCAAAAUACCUGAGAGAAAUGGUCACCAAAAGGUUUAGAGAAAAGAGCAGUGGGAAACAAAAUACUAGAGUUGACUUCUACAUUUGUGACUGGUGCAGUAGCUGGAACAUAAUAGGUGCAUAGAAAGUAUUUAUUGAAUGAACAAACCAAUGAUAUUACGUUGGGCAAGUUAUUUAAUUUCUCUGAAUUCAGUUUGCUCAACUUGGUGGGGUUUGACUUGACCAUGUAAGUUCUUCAUGAUUUAAUGUUUAUAUUCUUCUACCUCUAAGAGAUGAAUACUAAUUAGAUAUGUUUUUUUAAGAAGUCUUUUGUUAAGUAGAAAUGGUUAAAGAAAAAAAAUGGCCCAUCAUCUUACCAUGCAGAAAACCUGGAUAUACAUUAUAUUUCCCUCCCAUUUAUAUUUUUAAAGUAUAAUUUCAUAGUUGUUUAGUACACAGCCACAAUUAGCACUGCUCCAGAAAUGCCAUUUAGACUCAUCUAGACGCUGAGACAUACUAGCGCAGUUCAAUCAUAAGGUUGGCUAUUCUUUUUUUAAUUUUAUUGACGUACAGUUGAUUUACAAUAUUGUGUUAAUUUCUUCUAUACAGCAAAGUGACUCACUUAUACAUACAUAUAUUUUUUCAUAUUCUUUUCCAUUAUGGUUUGUCACAGGAUACUGAAUAUAGUUCCCUGUGCUAUACAGUAGGACCUUG